ACUGGAUUUGGUGCUUUGUUGCUCGUUGGUGCUCCUUCCCCGAUCUUGUGAGAAAUGGGUUUGGGUUGGGUGGUUGGUUGUGCCAAGUCUCCAUUUUUUUUUUUACUUUACCCCUGUCCCGAUUUGAACCCAGGUUUUUCGAUCCGGGUUGCUGCUUUUUGAUCCUUUUGCGUUGGAAUUGGUGGGAAAGUUGGCAAUCCUAUGCCUUUCUGUCGUCAAAAUGCCAUUUUGUUUUCGGUUUCUUCCUCAAUAGUCUACCCGCAGUUGUUCCCUUUAUAUAUAUUACGUCGAUCACUCGUAGAUUUGUUUUUCUUAACGAGUUAUCCGCACUGCCACCAUGUCGCGACUUGGAGUAGAUGGCUUUGAUUUUGCAAGUUAAUGAAUUUGUCCUGUCUUCGAAGAUUUUUUUCUUGAUAUUUUUUCUUUUCGGUGAAGUUAAGAGUAUCUUGAUCUGUUCUUUUGAAAGACGUGUGAUGUCUUUCUUUUUUAUUCUGCUAUAAUAAUUUUGGAAGAAGUUCUAGAUUGGCUUAGGUUGAGUUAAUGUGACAUGCAAUUUUAAUUAGCCUUGUUGAUUGUGAUGCAUGUGUGGCCUCUCCAUCGGGAACGGUUUUUGUGUAUUAGCUGCCGGCCUCUUGUGGCUUGUCGUUGGGAAUCGAUUUGGAGUAUAUGGUUUCUUUGAUAUAAUUUUUUGGAUAUGCUUUGUUGUCAAAUUGCUUAGUUAUGAUGUUGGGCCGUUGUCCAUGACAACAUAAUUAUAAAUUACCUGAAAAGAUCUUUUGAUGGAUCUUAUAAUCAAGAUAACCCUUUUCUUAGUUCACAACUAAGUCUCCUUGCUGUACUGAUCUUAACUUACUGGUUACUUAGCAAUCUUUGCUAGUCAUCUCUGCCUCGAUCUGAGCGCCAGAACUCGAGUGAAGCAGAUCAGAAACAUGGUUUUGCAAGCACUUGUGGAAAGGGCAAAAUUUCAUUAGACAAGUCCGAAUCUUAGGGUAAAAUUGCUUGUUAAGUGUGGUGGAUCUCAGAGUGCAGGUGUCUGUUUUUGUUCACAUGCUAAAACAGUGAAAACUAGCUAUUGUAGCAUGGGAGGAUGAAAAACUUAAUGAGGUACCUCCCUUCCUACAUGUUUAACUAAAUAUGCCCGUUUAAAGGGAAGGGACUACAGGGUUAUGGCUCCACCAGACUUACUGUCUUUUGACAUGGCUUAGAAGCUAAGCUAACUAAUAGAUUUAAGUGGUAACUUGUUGCAGAAUUUGACUUAUGCUUGAUGGAAGAUUUAUGUCUGGACACUUCAUGUAAAAAGCAAAAGUGGAUGUGGGCUAAAGCAUUUAUUUGCAACGGUUGAACUGGAAUUUCUAGAACCCUGUUAUAUGAUGAUGAAUAGAGCUAUCGGGGUUAAAACUCCAAAAAAGCUAUUCGGUCCACGUGAGACACAUAUUGAAGUCACUCAUUCCAUGCCACCUCAGAAAAUUGAAAUUAUAAAAUCAUUAGAUGACUGGGUAGAAGAUAAUAUAUUGGUGCAUCUGAAGCCUGUCGAGAAGUGUUGGCAACCACAGGAUUUUCUUCCAGAUUUUUCGUCAGAGGCAUUCAAUGAGGAGGUUAUGGAAUUGAGAGAGCGCUCUAAGGAGCUCCCUGAUGAUUAUUUUGUUUGCUUGGUUGGAGAUAUGAUUACUGAAGAAGCUGUUCCUACAUACCAAACAAUGCUAAACACCAGCGAUGGUGUCAGAGAUGAAACAGGAGCAAGUCUUACUCCUUGGGCUCUCUGGAUAAGGGCAUGGACUGCUGAAGAGAACAGACAUGGAGAUCUUCUCAACAAGUAUCUAUACCUGUCUGGAAGAGUUGACAUGAAACAAAUUGAGAAGACAAUUCAGUAUCUCAUUGGCUCAGGAAUGGAUCCCAGGACAGAGAACAAUCCCUAUCUUGGUUUUAUUUAUACCUCAUUUCAGGAGAGGGCUACCUUCAUUUCCCAUGGGAAUACUGCCAGGCUUGCUAAAGAUCAUGGGGAUCUCAAUCUGGCCCAGAUAUGUGGAACAAUUGCAUCUGACGAGAAGCGCCAUGAGACUGCAUACACCAAGGUAGUGGAGAAAUUGUUUGAGGUAGACCCAGAUUACACUGUUCUGGCAUUUGCUGACAUGAUGAGGAAGAAGAUCACAAUGCCCGCUCAUCUGAUGUAUGAUGGCCGUGAUGAUAACCUUUUUGAGCACUUCUCAGCAGUUGCUCAACGGCUGGGUGUUUACACAGCCAAGGACUAUGCAGACAUACUGGAGUUCCUUGUUGCAAGGUGGAAGGUCGGUGAGCUAGCAGGUCUCUCUGGGGAAGGAAAUAAAGCCCAGGAUUUUGUCUGCACAUUAGCUCCAAAGAUUAGACAGCUCGAUGAAAGAGCUCGAGGGAGAGCCAAGAAAGCACCUGCUAUGCCUUUCAGUUGGAUCUACAACAGGGAAGUGCAGCUCUGAGCAUCAAACAAUAUAUUAUGGUUUUGUUGUUUAUGCAAGCAGUCAUCCUUUCUUUGCCAUUGGUUUGCUAUUCAUAAAAGAAGUUCCAUGCUUUGUUUUUCUUCUGUUCAAGUAUUGUAUGAGUCAUGAUGGGGGCUGUAGAUACUCCUCACGCCAUCGUAAAUAUCAUCAUAUAAGCAGGUGCUUGAUUCAUGUCUGUUGUGUUUUUCUUUUUCAUGGACAAGUUCUGUUGUUUAUCAUAGUUGGAUAGUCUAUGCAUAUGGGAACAUAGCCUUUGUUC